AAAAAGUUUACUAUAAGUUAAAGUUAUAUAAAAUGAAUUUGAAUAUGUUUCAAAAAUAUUUUUUUAUUAAACGAAUAUGUAAUGUUAGGUUCUUAUAUUCAUCAAACAGCAAUUUAAAUUGUGCUGUUAUUAAUUAUGAAAAACAAGGGAAUAAUUCUUUAGAAUACACAUCUGAGGACUUGUCGACAGUAACUCCCUAUUUCCCGCAGUCAUUUAAUUUAGCCGCCUAUGUUAACAAUUCUGAGACAUUGCAAAAUUUAAUUCAUUUAAACGUUAAUCUGAGCAAAAUAGAGAAGAAGCCUUUUAUUGCUGAAAAAAUCCUCAAGUUGAAUUUCGAAGCAGAUAUUAAGAAGAGUCUUAUGUUUCUUAAGGAUUUUGUAAAUGCAGAUGACAUUGGAAAUUUUUUAACAAAAAAUCCUUUAAUACUUUGUGAAGAUAUAGAACACCUUGAAGUGAGAGUAAAUUAUUUAAAAUCAAAGCAUUUUAAUCAAGAUGAAAUCAGCAGAAUAAUUACAAAAAACCCUUUUUGGCUAAUGUACAGCACUGUGAGAAUUGACAGACGUUUAGGAUUUUAUCAAGAAAAGUUUGAGUUAAGUGGAAAUGAAGUACGGUUUUUAGCAACAAAACAACCCAGAUUAAUUACCUAUAACCUUCUUCAUAUACAAACAAAUUCUUUUGUAAUUAAAGAAGAAAUGGGUUUUGAGGAUGAUGAAAUUAAACAGUUAAUAUUAAACAAACCAAGGCUGUUGAUGAUGAGUCAAAAAGCCUUAGUGGAGAGGUUCAACUAUAUUCAUAAUGUAAUGAAAAUUCCACAUAAAACAAUUUUACAGUGUCCACACAUUUUAUUAUGCAGAAAUUUCAAAGUAAAACAAAGACAUACAUUUUUGGAGAAAUUGGGUAGAGCACAAUACAAUCCAACUAUUGAAAAUUUUGUUCCAAUAAAUGCUUUAGUUGAACUUACUGAUAUAGAAUUUUGUAAAAAGUAUGCAAAAUGUCAUGUUGAUGAUUUUAACAUGUUUUUAAAGACCAUAUGAGCUUAUAUUAUCCAGCUUUACCCAAUACUAUUUUAUUAUGGAAAGCAUUAAGAGAAUGGUACAAAAGUGUGUCUAAGAUACCAGCAACUGUAAAUACUCCUCCAAUUAUGGCACAGA